AUGGUGAAAAAAAUGAGUUGUUGAACUUUUUGAAUCGGUGGCUGAAAACUUCGUCGUUUGCUUUCAGGAAGCGCUCAUCCUACAUCCAAAUUAGGAAAUUUAAACUUAGAAGAUAUCCAUUAGCAAAAAUGACAUGCGAGGAGUACAUAAAAGCAGUCAAUAUUUUGAACUCACUGCAACCGAGCUCAAAAAUGGCUGUAGGUUCUAGCGUUGCUCAAAAAAGGAUGGAUACAUUUGCGCUACAUUUAGACAGACUUGGCAUAACGCAAGACGAUUUGAGCAAACUCAAUGUUAUACACGUUAGCGGAACAAAAGGAAAAGGCUCAGUAUGCGCAUUUACGGAAAGUGUUCUUAGGAAUUCAGGGUUCAAAACUGGAUUUUUAAGUUCUCCUCAUUUGAUUGAUAUUGUAGAACGUGUAAGAAUCAACGGGAGGCCUAUUUCACAGAAGCAAUUUGCCGAGUGCUUACAUGAAAUUUAUAACAAGCUCUGGCCGAUGAGAAGUGAUGAAUUCGAUAUGCCGCCUUAUGUCUUUUUACUGAAUAUUGUAGCUUUUAAAGUUUUCAUUGACGAAAAAGUUGAUGUCGCAGUCUUAGAAGUUGGCCUGGGUGGCACUUUUGAUUCAACGAAUAUUGUCAGGAAUCCCGUUGUAUGUGGAGUAACAACUCUAGAUUUUGAUCACCAAAGAAUACUGGGAUACAGCAUUGAGGAAAUAGCUUGGAAUAAAGCAGGCAUUUUCAAGCCAGGUGUUCCUGCGCUUACUUUAGAGCAACCAAUUCCUGGGGCACUGAGUAAAUUGAAAGAGUGCGCUGAGGAAAAGGGUGUUCGAUUGCAAACUGUCGAAAUGAAUAUAAAACUGGAAAGCGUAGAGUUGGGUUUGGAUGGUUUUCAUCAGAAAACAAAUGCAUCGUUGGCUGUUGAACUCAGUAAUGUAUGGGCGGAGCAAAUGGGUUUUGAAAAGUUAAAUCCUGUUAAAGUAACACAAGGCUUAAAGAAUGUGAGAUGGCCUGGGCGCUGUGAAACAGUGAAAAUCGAUGACAAUCUGACAUUUUAUUUAGAUGGUGCUCAUACAGCUGAAAGUUUGAAACUAUGUCUAAAUUGGUUCAGGACAAAAUUUGAGAUCGAACAUCAGCAAAGCGCAAAGAAAGUUUUAGUCUGCACUUUUACGAGUGACAGAAAUGACGAAAAUUUUCUUAGAAUUAUCAGCAACGAGGUCUCCUUUGAUUACGUGGUUUUCACGCCACCGAGAUUAAGACUCGGCUUGGACUUCGACAAUUCGGCAACUUAUAAUGCUAGAUCAGUGGUAUCUAUGGAAACAGAUAGAUGCCGUCGAAAUAUGGCGAUUUGGAAGGAGACUAACAACACAUCAGAAGUAUCGGUUCAUGAAAACAUUGACGAUGCUUUUAACUUGCUUAGAAUUAUUUCCACGGAUACCGAGAUCUGUGUGUUGGUUACUGGAAGCCUCUAUCUAGUAGGCGGUGUUUUGAAACUGUUGAAAGAUAUAACAGAUUCAAUACAGCAAUAAAGCUAGGAUGUUGAAUAACAGUCCUUGAACGGACUUAAUUGAAACAGGCCGAUAAAUUAUUGGUGUAAUUGAAAUUAUUUAGAAAAGAUUUUUUAAAAUUAUUGAACUGAUAUUUAAAAUUCAUUGUUUUAACUUUUUUUUUAAA